AUGUCCGAAGUUCCAUCGUCGAGUGCCGAGGCGGUGACCCUGUGGGAGAAAGUGGCUGUGCUAGAGGCAGAGCUAGGCACCUGCCAGAGCCAUCUGAACUGGGAGAAGAAGCUAUGCCUCAAAGGUCAGGGGGAUAAGGCCCGUUUUUGUAAUUUCUGCUUUCAAGGAGAUGCUGAAUCUUAACAUUAGAGCGGUCCCAUCUUGGAAUCAAGAAAUGCUACAAGUUAUUGAGCGAAUACAGCCACUCUUUGGACAUUCUGAAUUCAUUAGGCUUUGCGAUGGCAUCUCACCACAUGAAAUCUCACAUUUCAAAGCAUGCUUUUUGUGCUGAUCACACUUCUGCCUGGCUGUCUAAAUGUGCCAUUUUGUAUGUCAAGCUUCCCAUUUAGACUCUGUGCCCGCACUAUGUAACCAGCAUCACAAAUAUCAAAUGAAGAAAAGACUUUGCAGCUCUGCGGCUUCAGUCAAUCCGCUCUGCCAUAGUUGAAGGACACUGUUGCUAUGAAGAGAGAGUUUGCCCAUAUGGAGGGAAUGUGCCUGAAGACUUACCCAAAGACUUAGUUGUUUACCUAAUCUACAAAAAUUUAAGAGCAGUCUUGUUUAAAGAUUUAAAUCUCCAAAUAGAGAGAUCAAUUGGAUACUUAAUUAACUUUUUAUUAGGGGAUGAGUCCCCAAUACCUCUAAAAAAAGUGACCUGUUUUGACUUUAGAGCAGCAAUUUUAAGGAGAAACAUUUGUGGAGAUGAUAAGUACUUCAGGGGAGCAAACUCUUUUCUGAGCAAAUGUUUGGUUUAAAUAAUUAUUUUAACUGUGUAAUGUAUUCUUUUCUAUGUUCGUUCUGUUUUAUGUAUUUUUCUUUUUUUAUAAUGGCUUCAGCUACACAAAAUAAAGUAAUAAUAAUAAUGAUGAUGAUUUUUAAAUUGUUGCAACUCACCCUGGACAUGCUGCUGAAGGGCAGGUAAAAAAUAUAAUAAGAACAUCAGCAAAAUGAGGGAAAUAUAUUUAAAAAGCAUUUUUGAAGGUAUGUCAUGUGUAACAUUAGAUCUGAAUAAUAGCUGACUUCAUUUAUUGUAACUAUCUGUAGUUACAAAUUGAAGAUUACAGCAAUAUCAGGCUUAUUGCAAUAUUAGGCUUAUUGCACUAAUGCAAGUUUGCAAAUACUUGGUUGGUUGGAUAAACCACAUCCUAAAAAGAAUAACUUAAAACAACACCAUCCUACUUCCUAUUUUCCAACAAUAAGCACUGUUUUCAUUAUCGCUUUGUAGAGAGAUUAUCAGGCUGAGUACAAGCACAUCAGGGGGUGUAAUGUGCUUAGAUGUGAGUUAAGUUAUUUGGGGAGAGUAGUUAAUCUGAUCCAAGGCUCAGCUCUGAAAGACUUGAAGGAAUAACCAAGUGCUUCUGAGCACGUGCAGAGGGAUUUCCCUUCACUGUUGAAUAACCAGAACCUUUUCAAAGAACUGAAGGUACAUCUGACCUUAUUGGAGUUUGUGGAAGGUUUGAAUUCUAUACUACUUUUGUGUGUUUACUAGAGUUGGUCCUAAGAGUGCUGGAUAAAUAAUUAAUGGUCUGCUUCCAGCAGCAAAACUUUUUGGGCUGACCCUGAUUCUCAUAUUAUGGAAAGGUGUCGGGCCAGCCUUGUUAACAGUCAAGAGUUUUGCUGUGGGUCUCAGAUUUCAAGAGCAGACUCUCUCACUGAAGUCAGAACUGUGUACUGUGUACUAGAGAUUAUGGUGAAAAAACCUCUCAUCUUGACUCCAGCUCUACACAGCUAGAAGACUGGAAGCUAAGGUUGAUGUCUUAACAGACUCCAUGAUCAAUAAUGAUGUGCAAUGUCACAAAUUGUGCUUUCUUAUGACUCCAUGUACCCACAAAUUUCCUUGGUCCAUCUACCUAAAUCCAGAUGUGGAGGGUGAAAUGUCUGUGACCAGUAUAGAUACUGUUGUUUUUUUAUCCUGCAUUGACUUACGAAAUGUUGAUGGUCCUAAUGAAAGAUUAUCUCUAUCCAAAAAUUUUAAGUCAUUGGCUCUGCAGGCAUCACUUUUAUAAGCUAUAGGAUUGUGAGGCUUAUCAUGGCAAGGGUGUUAUUUUUGUUUGCCAAUUGCCUUAACUAAAGGGUACUGCCGUGUCGCUUUAAUAUUUUAGGAAAUUGAGGCUGAAAUUUUCACCCCCCACCCCAAAUGGGUUGCAUUUUGCAGACAUCUCAGUUAUGGCAACAGAUCCAGUGAUCAAGUCUAAUGGAACAGUAGUGUUGAUUCCCUCUGAUGGUGCUAUCCAAGCAGGUCAGGAUUUCCCUGGACUUCAACCAGCAGGGACAGUGCAAUGUAUACAAAAUGUAGACCAACAGCCUGGAGGGUCCAACAACGAACAGAUGCAAGAAGAUUUGUUGAAGAAACUCCAUAAAAUAGAGAUCAAGACUCUGGGGGUAAGUUUCUUUGAUAUGUUCAGGUCCAUGGAAUGGUGGUACUUUCCUGCCAAGAGUAUAGGAAGGACUAAAUUGAUUCAUGGGGGUAUCUUACCAGGGUACUACCAGACAAAGAUUCAACCAGAUUAUCCUCUGGUCCAAUGUGACUUUGUUAGUGAUAUUUCAAUACUUUCGGCCCUCACUAACUGACUGGCCAACUGACUCAAACAUACAGAGGAGCAGUGAAAUUUUCAGGGUAAUUCCUGAUGAGAUUGGGUUCUGAAAACUGAUAGUCCAAGGCACCCAUUAUAUUCACCAUGUGAAAGUUGUAUCUGUCAAGUUUUCAAGGCCAAGAGAGAGCCGGAGUUGAUAGAAAGAACAUGUGGAGGUUUCUUGUAUCUCUCGUUAUCUGUCUUUAUGCCUCUUCUUAGCAGGAGUGGGGAGGGAGAAGAGCAGAGCAAAUCUUCAAUCCCAUGGUAGAGUUGCCAUAUUUCAAAAAGUGAAAAUCCAAAGCUUUUUUUGGCAAAGUUGUUGAGCUUUUUGAGGCCCGAAUCUGGACGUAUGGCAGCCCUGUCCCAUGGACACUUACUUACUCACUCAGCAGUAGGGAUUUCCAGUGGUGGCCCCAGGCUUCAGAAACUUCUUACAUGUUGGCAUCCAGAAGUCCACCACAAUCACACCUUUUUGGAAAGCUGUUUUAAGCAGUUUUUAGAGGGGAUUUCUUCUCCUUUUUAUUAUUAAUAAAACGUGCUUCAGAGCAAGUGUGGUUAAAUUGUGGUUCUUGAGAGGCUGUUGGACCCCAGUUCCUACCAUACUUGACCAUUGACCAUGGGGGCUGAUGGGCGUUGGGGACCAGCAAUAUCUGAAGAGCAGCAGAAUUUUUAUAGAAUACUCGGGAGUUUCAAGGAUGUUGUUUUGUUCUCUCACAGUUGAUGUACUCUUGUUUUAAUAUGUAAGCCACCUUGGAGGGGAAUGUUUGAUCUUGUCUGUACUUUUUUCUCACAGGCCAUCCAGGUCAUGCUGGGACUGAUCUACAUUAGCUUGGGGACAAUUGUAAUUGUUCAUUUUCGUCGAUACUACAAACUUUUCACUUCUAUUACAGGCUAUCCAUUCUGGAGUGGAAUAUUUGUAAGUAUUACGCACCUUUGAGAAUGAAGUUUGUUUCAGUGCCCAUGGUUCUGUGACUUUAAACCUUGAGGAAGAGAUCUACAUUAGAAUGGCUAUUCUUCAGCAUUUGGCUUUUUGGGUGCAGAUGCCUAACAGCAGGGAAAAUAAUCCACUGUCACCCUUUGCUUUAUUUCUGCAAAAUGGAAUUGUCAUAGAAUUAUUAGGAAGUGAAAGGAAAGGAAAUAAUGUGUCAUGCCCUGAAUUCUAAAAAAAAAUGACAGAAAUGCAUGUAUAUGUUAUAUACAAGUUCACAUCUGUCUUCAGAGGUGAUUCAGUUAACGAUUUGCCCAUAAGGGAAAAGAAUGACCGCUCCCCACAUCAAAUGGGAGGCGCAUUUUGUGUGGUCAUGUGCAGACACACACACCCCGAUCCCAUGCGGCUCCCGGCAGUACAGCCUGGAUUCACCUCCCCCCCCAGCUGGACACCUGGAGGUAGCCGCCUACCUCUGCCAGUUAACCAGUGCCAGCUGGAGAGGCGUUGCCAGGAAAGAGUUGGCCAGGUAAGGGGAGGGACCGCCCUGCCCACACCCACUAUUGUGGUGGAACUUACCUGGGAGUUUUCAGUUGGCUUCCACCCUGCCCUCCCUCAGUUAAGGCUUCUUUUGCAGGUUAACCUCUUCUUCACAGGUACGCAGGCACUGCUAAGUUAUGGUCAGUGUUGAAGGGCUGGAAAGGAAUUUUCCUGCAUUGGCAGGUUUUGCCUUCCCCGUAUCAAAACAUCUCAACUUUGGCGGUUUCAGGCCUUGGGCGGAAUCCUUUAGUCUAUCUUCCCUAAAUGAGGGGGGGCAUGAAAUGGUGACCCACGCCCCCCCUGCGGUGGCGAUCCCAGGGUUCCCCAUUAAAGGGGUUGUUUUGAGGGGAGGCAUAGGCCAUACGCCAAUAGGUUGUCAUUGCUCUCCCCUGCUAUGGCGGUGAAAUGGAGGGCGGGCUCUCUGCUUGAACAGACGUUCUCCAGAGCCAGCCCAAUCCCCACACAUUCUGGAUAAUGCUGAUGUUCCCCGGAUCCCUGGCCAGGGGAGGGGUAAACACCCAAUGCCUAAGCCAAGGUCUCCCUACGUUUGAAGCUUUAAGAAAGUUGUGGCCAAAUUUUAAUCCCAUAGCAUGUUGUCUUGAGUCAUUAUUCCACUUGGGUGUCGCCCGGGGUUGGGGGGUCUCCGCCUGUCCUCACAAUAUACUAUCACCUGACAUCACUCCUAUUAUGCCAUAGUACUAUGUAGUUGGAAGUAGAUUGAUUUUCCUGGAAUUUUAAGUGAACUGCAGUAAAAUGCAUUUUCUUCUUUUUUUUUGGGAUAGUUCAUUUUUUCUGGAUCACUGUCUGUGGCAGCUGAGAAAUACCCAAACAAAGCCUUGGUGAGAUGUAGAAUGUUUUCUCUUUCUUCUUCCCUUCUUCUCCAUCCUAACUCUUGAUUCCAUGAACCUUUAUCCCAAGGGGGUGGGGUAGGGUAUUGGGAAUCUGGCAACAUGGGACAGACACUUUAUUCCCUGGACACCAGGUUACUUAUGAGACAGAAGGGUCUAUUGGCUUGGCCUUUGCUGCUCUGCAGUGUGAACUAGAUAAUGUCCACAGAGGAAUAGUACAGCUCACCAGCAAAUCAGGUUAGAAAUCAAGGGUAGAGGGGGUGGUGAAUUUAAGGCAGUUAAGUUUUUUGUUGGUAAACUCAUUCUCUCUCUCUCUCUCUCUCUCUCUCACUCUCAGGUUAUGUCCAGUGUGAGAAUGAACAUCACAAGUGCUAUAAUGGCCACAAUUGGCAUCAUUCUAUAUGCAAUGGAGAUAGAUAUAAAUAAUAAAAGAGAUUAUAGUGAUUCUGAAGGCUUUUUUCUGCAGGUAAGUUAACAAGCAAAUACAAGUAUGGAAAACAUUGACUUUACAGGCAACAUCCAGUUGUGUCAAUGGGAAAGACUCAUGCACCUACCUUGAGCUUCGCUUCCUGUUUUCAAAGCACAAGUUCCUACAGCAAAGGAGACCAGCCACUGCUUAGUUCAAAAAAAAAAAGCUUGUCUCUGAGGCAGUGGGGAAUACUGUGGAGAAAACAGCAAGUAAAGUUGAAACUGCCUGUGUGGUUCUUUUGACCAUGCAUGUCCUUUCUUAGCAUUUUGGGUUGUGCCUUUAGAAAUGUGGAAUUCUGGCAAACUUGUGAGUCUGGGAGAAAUUCCUCACUUUCAGCACAUCAGAUAUUUGUUCUAUUUCAGCUAAGAGUCAAUGGAUUAACCUAUAGGUAAAGGUAAAGGUACCCCUGACUGUUAGGUCCAGUCGCGGACGACUCUGGGGUUGUGGCGCUCAUCUCGCUUUAUUGGCCGAGGGAGCCGGCGUACAGCUUCCGGGUCAUGUGGCAGCAUGACUAAGCCGCUUCUGGCGAACCAGAGCAGCACACAGAAACACCAUUUACCUUCCCUCUGGAGUGGUACCUAUUUAUCUACUUGAACUUUGACGUGCUUUCGAACUGCUAGGUUGGCAGGAGCAGGGACCGAGCAACAGGAGCUUACCCUGUCAAGGGGAUUCGAACCGCCGACCUUCUGAUUGGCAAGCCCUAGGCUCUGUGGUUUAACCCAAAGUGCUAGCCACUUUAUUUGGCACUUCAAUGCCUCCUUCAUUGAGUGCAACUCCAGUUCUUGGACUCCAAUUCCCAUCAGCCCCACUCUGCGUGCCCAACAGUAAAGCUGUGAGGGGAGAUGUCAUCCAGCAACAUCCAGUGGACCAAAGGUUAGCCAACCCGAUACAGCUGAAGGAUGGCAAAGAUGUACGCAAUGAAGACUACUACCUGUUGGGAUACUGCCAGGGAGACAAAGUCCAUCAUGGCCCCAAGCCGUCUGCCGGACGAUCCAUCGAUCUCCCGUAGGCACGCAGUGUCAGCAAUUAGUGACAUGAGUUUCUAGAAAAUAUCUUGCCACAUUCCAGAGCUCAUGCACACUCUAUCAGCAGAUAGUCACAGCAAAAGUCGCACUCAGGAGAGCAUUAUUUACAAGUUUUAUUCAGCGUUGAUCAGAACAAAGAAAGACAUGACUGCCUGCGUCAGUGUCUCCAACACAGAGAGAAAACGAAAGCAACAGAAAACAUAAACAUCCUGUGAACAGGAAAUACGCAGACUCUGUGGCUCACAGCCUGCUCCCUUUUAAGGUGGAACGGAAAUAUCCAACAUUGUUAGUAGGGGGUGAAGGAAAAAAUCGUGUACACCGGUGUUCACAUGCCAUUUCAAGAGAGAAUGCAAUUGUGCUUGUCCUCCAAAGUUAUGAUGGACUCCUUCCAUUUAAUCUGGUUCUGAAAUAAUGGUGUGACGUGUGUAGUUCGCUAUGCUGUUCUGCAGGAUGCUAGUCAUCAGCAGGCCCUUGGGUUUUAAAAGCAUUUGAGGCAAAUGCCAAGGGAGGGUUGCUAUGUGAGGGUACUCUCUCAUGGGCUCCUUAGAUUGCUCUUGUCUUUAGUGGAUCCAUAAUACAGUCAAACCUCAGUUGUCAAAUCUGAGGUUUGACUGUACAGCUGAUUUAGCAAUGUAGUACAAUGUAAUACAAUGUGAUGCAGUGUAAAAUGAAUUAACAAGAAUAUGUCAUAUUCCAGAUUAAGAGCCUUCACAUGCUUUUAGCUUCGUGUGUGUUCCAAGUAUAGCAGACUAUAAAAUCUUGUCAGGUGUGCAUUUUCCACUUUAAUCAAAUGGAUCAGAGUUGUCACCACCUCACUGUCCCCAACUGUUCCCAAGCUGCUUUUUAAGAGUAGGUUGUAGGGCAGGACGUAAUUCAAUGCUACAACUGGACAAAUUUGUAGGAGGGACAAGUACAUAAUGCAAUUCAUGGUUCUCUGCUGCGUAGUCUGCAGGUACUGCUCUCGCUGUCCUUCUCCUCCUGCUCACCAUGCUGGAGUUAGCCAUCACGGUUUCCUUAGCACAUCUUGGGAUGAAGGCAGCCAGCAGCGACAUGGUAAGCAUUUCAAUAUCUUUUUUCAAGUUUUAAGAGGAACAUUCUUAAAGGUCCAAGGAGAAGAUGGUACGGAGAAUUUAUUUAUUUGUGGAUAUGAAUAGCCUCCUUCAAUCUAUAGGGGUAUUCCAUCAUAGAUGCUGGGUCUGGAUCCUGAGUCUAUUGCAGCCUAGAACAGCUUUCUUCAACACUGGGCCCCCAGAUGUUGUUGAAUUUUGACUCUCAUCAUCCAUGGCCACAGGCUAUUUUGAGGACAUUUUGUGUCUUGUUCAAGCAACUCAUUUAUUCUGCACUUAUUUCUCAUUUCCCAAGAGUAGACGGCAAGUCUUCUCUCAAGGUUACCCUUCUUGUUCAUAAGAUUAUAGUUUCUCCUCAACCGAAAUCAACAAUUUUGUACAUGGGGAGGUGUGAUUCUCUAUGAGAAGAUGCGUUCAUUUCAGUUUUGAUUUCUGAAUCAGUCCCCAUUAGGUGUGGGAGAGAAGUUUGGUUUGGUUCAUAUUUUAAUGUGAACCUUCCUAACUCACACUUCAUGAAAGCCCUGGGCUGCAGUGCUAUUUUUCUAGAAAAAGAGGUGCCGGAACUCACCAUGAACAGCAACCUUGUCCUUUUAUAAUGACAAUGGUGCCCACCUGAGAGGUGCUAUUCUUCAAACUUUGUAGAUCUCUAAGUGUUAUGUAGUUCUCCUACCAAAAUAAUGUGAAUAUUAAUGGGAUGUGCAUAUGAAAAGGCAUAUGAAAAUUAUAUAUAAACAUGCAUUAUAUGAGCGCUAAUUGCUUGCAAAAAUGUUCUUAUAAGGGUAAAUGCACAAUAAAAUGCUGAGGGCCUUAUAAAAACAAAUUGGUACCUUGUUUGGAAAUGUGCAGGGACAGCCAACAUGCUGCCUCAGAUAUUUUUGGACUCCGCAUCAACCUGACAAUUGGUCAUGUUUGCUGGGACUGGUGGGAGUUCGAGCUCCUGGUCCAGUGUGACCAGAAUUGGGUCUCCAGUUUUUUUAGCACUGCUACCUGUAAUAUUUCUAACUGGAUUGAAUCUAAGACCUUCUCUAGAUUCAAAAUAUGUGUGGUACCACUGACCCCCCUCUUAUUAGCUAAUAGGAACUAUGUUGUAACCUCAGUUAGACCCUAGAUGCUGUAAAAAUGAUGCAUAACUUAAUUAUUAGGACACAAGCAUCACUUACUUAUUAGGACACAAAGCAUCACAAUUGCCUUCCAAUCAUGCCGUAACAUAGUUUUAAAAAUUGUUCAGCAUAAUCAAGCAGGCUCAUGCCCUUAGCAGUAAGAAUCCUUUGGAUUAUUCCAACAUGUUUGGUCAUUCAGUCAUAAAAGAAGGGAGACCAGUAAGAGUUCUAAUACACUGGAAGAAAUAAGGGAAAUUGUUUUAAUAAAUAUUGCUGUGGUGAAUAUUGCAGUGAUGAAUAUUGCAGGAAAUGAUGCUAGGAUGAAAACAAAGAUCAUAACAAUGAAUAAAUUUCAUAUGUAUUAUUUUACUGUUGUUAGCCACUCUGAGCCCGGCUUUGGCUGGGGAGGGAGGGAUAUAAAUAAAAAUUUAUUUAUUUAUUUAUUUAUUAUAUAGUAAAUUAAUUUUGUGUGUCUCUCAGGCCACAACUGUAUCGCCAUCUCCUGUCUUCAAACAAGAUGUAAGUCCCAUAGAAGGCAAUCCUGAUCCUCCAGCCAAUAACAACAACGCGUAG